AUCAUCUUGUGUUUUUUUCCCUCCCCUUCUCAGUUCUCCGCUGCCUGCGACGCCAUAUUGACGAAAAACACCCUUUCUCAAAAACGCCUGAAACGCUCUCUCCGCCAGAAUGUUGUACCUUGAGGACUACCUCGAGAUGAUCGAGCAGCUACCCAUGGAUCUCCGCGACAGGUUUACGGAAAUGAGAGAGAUGGACCUGCAAGUGCAGAAUGUGAUUUUGUGUGUGUGUGUGUGUGUGUGUGUUGCAGGCUGCAGAGUGAACAGCACAUCCUCUUCUAACAGCGUGUAUAACGUAAACUCCUCCCAGACGCUUUCCUCAUUCAACUUGAGCCCACUUCCUGCCGGGCCUACUGUAGGGGCGGGGGCCAUUUCCAUGGCAGCAGCUCAGGCAGUGCAAGCCACCGCACAGAUGAAAGAGGGCAGGAGAACAUCCAGUCUCAAGGCCAGUUAUGAAGCUGUGAAGAACAAUGAUUUCUUGGGGCGGGAGUUUGCUCUGAGCCGGGACACCAGCAGUUACUCGUCAUCUGCACUGGCUAACACACUCACACAGCCCCUCACGUCCAACAACAGCUCGGACUCUCGCACAGGACGCAAGAUCAAAGGCAACACUAAGUCUUCCAACCACCAAUCCUCUUCAUCCUCCUCUUCCUCUUCACUGUCAUCCUGCUCGUCAUCGUCAGCAUUGGCUCAUGAACUGGUACAGACCACCAUCACAGAAACUGACACCAGCAGUCAGGUGGACUGGACCUACGACCCAAACGAACCCAGAUACUGCAUCUGCAACCAGGUGUCAUACGGAGAGAUGGUCGGCUGCGAUAACCAAGAUUGUCCGAUCGAGUGGUUCCACUACGGCUGCGUAGGUUUGACCGAGGCACCCAAAGGGAAGUGGUACUGCCCACAGUGUACGGCGGCCAUGAAGAGGAGGGGAAGCCGGCACAAAUAAAUGCCAAAUCCCCAGGCCAACCUCUCUGAAAUGACUGUCCCCCUCGACUGAGAGUGUACAUGUUACAUCACCAUGCGAUCAGGGUGUGUAGAUGCGAGAGAGAGAGAGAUGUUGGUGUGGCUGCUGUGUGUGUGUGUUUGUGUAAAUCACAACCAGGUUGGGUGUUUUUAGCUGGUGAAUCGAAGCGCACACUGCCCUCAAAACUCUUCAUCUCCAUUCAUCUUUAUGGAGGCAGAUGGGCAAGAUGGUAUUGAGAGGCCCAUGUUUUUUAACAUUCAAGACAUUCCUCAGCUUGCCAUGCGUGAUGACACUUCGCAUCUGGCAGCUCCUGCUAAUCCAUAUCGGCAUAGUAUGGAUUGGCAUGAUGCAGACUGGGAGUUGUAGUCCUGAACUGCUUUAUGGACUACAAGUCUCAGGACAUUCAACUCUGACAAAUCUUAAAGGAUACUGAUAAGAACGGAUUACAACGGCAACAGUGACGCCUCGUUGCUCGCCAGUGAAAAUUAUGAUUCUGUGGGAUUAUUUGUGUGUAAUGGAUAAAUGAUGUAUUGUGCUCCGCUUAAAGGACAGAAUGUUUCUUAUUUUACCGAGGAGCUCUUAAGGUGUACAAUAGAACAAAUGAAGAACUGUGACCUGUGUGUAUGUUUGUGUGUCUAGCAUAUACUGCACUGAUGUAGUGAUAAGUUUUGCGAGAUGGGGGGGACAAUAAAAUGAUCAAGAAAUUUUGGUACAUGC